AUGGCAGAAAUUGUCGCAAUGGUUGGCAACAUAGUAGGAACGGGCUUGCAGCAGUUGAUUCCAUCGAAUACCUUUCUUCUGGAUCCCGGAUUGUCAGAGAAGCGAAGUCGUCUUCAAGAUGAAGCACGCAUUUUCUUACGAGUGCUUGAUUUUAACGUGGACGAAGAUUCCAGCACCCAGACUGUUGGCGAUAUUCAAGCGUCAGACGAUGCUGCCAAUCAGAGUCCUGAGCUAUCAGAAAGGGUCACGAAUAUGAUCAAUAACUUGCCGACCCAAGCACGAGGCGCAGUGCGACUCUAUGUUGAGCAGGACUGUGACAUGAAUGAUACAUAUCUCGAACAUCUCUGUCAACUGUUGCCGGAUUUCUCACUCUCGAAAUAUUGCUCGCCGUCGCAUCGCGGGUUUAAAGCGGCGGCCUCACAAUGGCAUCACACGGGGCCAGUUCAUUGGUGUUCAGCAUGGUCAUUCGGUUUUGGUACAGCUCCCAGAUAUGAAAAUGCCAAUGAACACGGCCUCAUGAAACUGCUUGGAUUUCGCAAUGUUCGAAAUACAGUCACACCGGCUCAAGUAUUUGGGCAGAUAGGCAGUGCGCAGCGCCUGAACAGAGACAUCAUGAGAAAAGCUCGACAGACUUGUUUGUGGAAUGAUCACCAAGGAGAACUUAAUUAUGGACAUGGAUCGACCAAUGACUCUACAAAUGCUCAUAAUCUUGUCACUAUUCUAUCUAAUUUAUGGGCUUAUUUCGCACCUUUGACCCAUGGAGCCAGUCAAAAUUUGAUAAUGAAGCUCCUGAUGCUUUGGUAUCACUAUGCACAUUUGCUGGAGUUGAUCUCAUUUAUUCAAGGAGCGCGCCAUUAUUAUUUCGCCAGCCGCCAGAGCCUUUUCGACUCUCGCAUCUCUUCAUUAGAGAUGAAUCUGAUGCAAGACAUGACCUAUGAUGUAGGUUUCUACCAGGAUCUCGGAAUUAGUGUCAAGAACUUGACGGUGCUCAUCGAGUCACUUUCAUCCAGUAUGGAAGCUACAAUCAACCUGCGAGCAAGAGAAGAAGACGGUGACGACGGUGCUGUGAAUUAUUUCAACGAGCUCAUGGCCGACAUCCGGGGCGUAUGCGCAGAUGCAUUGAGCAAAACAACUGACAUGUCGUCCAGUAUGGAACACCAACUAAAGUUCUUGGAAUUACGACGAGAGAUCAAGCAGUCAAACAGUCUCUGGAUCUUGUCGGUGCUUGCGAGCAUCUUCCUGCCCCUGAGUCUUGCAAGUGGUGUUUUGAGCAUGGGAACACGGUUCAAGGAGCUGGGACCUCUCCUCUACGACUUCUGCGGCGUUGUAGUUCUGCUCAUGACACUGGUCUUUGUCAUCAUAGCAGCCAUAUGGCUGCUGAUGAAAAUUACUGAUGUUAUUGCAAGAUUCAGAAGGCCUUCCCAUCGCAUUGUGGAACGCGUUUGGACAAGUUUUCUGAUUUGCAUGGCUCUACUAGGAUGGGGAAUGGUAUUGGGCUCCUUUCUGGUGGGUAUGCUUGAUGAUAUACAGCUCGGAGGGCGAAUCCUUGGUUUUGGUAUGUUGUGUCUGCUUGGGCUGACGGUCGUGGGAGGCACUGGUAUGAGGAGUGGUGUCCAAGUCAUUGAUUCCAUCCACGAGGGUGAAGACAAAAGCUUCGAGCAGCCGCCUACCUAG